CCUUCCAUAUCUUCAUUAAAUUCAAGUGGUGCAUGAUCUCCAACUCCAUCUUAAUUACAUCUCUUUCAGCAAAUCAAAGUUUCUUUCUUUCAUAGUCUACCAUGAAAUCACCUCCAACCCUCUUCCUCCUCCCCACUCUCUUUCUCUUUUACCUCCUCUCAGGACAAAAAGGGGUGCUAGUUUCAGCUGCUCACCACCACCACCACCACCACCACCACCACACACAUCGCCACCUAUUUAAUUGGCGGCCGACAAAGCUAUUUGUUUUUGGAGACUCGUAUGCUGACACAGGAAACAACAGAAAAUCAGUGGCUACUUCUUGGAAACAACCCUAUGGAAUCACAUUCCCGGGAAAACCCAGUGGCCGUUUCUCCGAUGGCCGCGUCCUCACCGAUUUCCUUGCUAGGUUUAUAGGAGUGAAGUCUCCAAUACCAUACAGAUUUAGAAAAGUCGGGAUCAAUCAUUUGAAGUACGGAGUUAAUUUCGCAUAUGGAGGCACAGGUGUUUUUAAAACCUUGGUUUUGGAUCCCAACAUGACAACCCAGAUUGACUUCUUUCAGAAGCUCAUAGAAAACGGCUCCAUCUUCACUCCCAAAGAUCUUCACUCCUCCGUCGCCCUCGUCACCGGUCCCGGCAACGACUACGGGACUUAUAUCGCGACAAAUGGCUCUGUUCAGGGUUGGCAACCCUUCAUCACAUCAGUCGUGAAUCAACUAAGUGUGAACUUGAAACGUAUUUAUGCCUUGGGAGUGAGCAAAGUAGUUGUGACAGCUCUUCAACCUUUGGGAUGUCUCCCUUCGAGGACGGCAUCAUUUUCAUUCCAACAAUGCAAUGUAACUGAGAACGCGCUAGUCGUUUUCCACAACCUUCUGUUGCAGCAAGCUGUGGCCAAGUUGAACAAAGAAACCAAGAAUUCUUUUAUCAUUGUUGAUCUUUAUGCCUCGUUCAUGUCGGUGUUCAAGAACAAAGGAGAUCUAGGAAGCAUAAAGUUUGAUAACCCAUUGAGGCCAUGCUGCAUUGGUAUAAGCAGUGGGCGUUUUUGUGGGAGUGUGGAUGAAAGUGGUGCAAAGAAGUAUACCAUUUGUAAAAACCCGGAAUCCGCAUUCUUUUGGGACACUGCUCACCCUACCCAACAGGGUUGGCGUGCUGUGUAUUCAGCUUUGCAAGCCACACUUGAACAACUCUAUUAACUUUGUGCCAAGCUAGAUCCAGUUUGUUUUAAAUGCACUUUCUUCUUACGUGUCUUUGUACGUUAUUCAUUUGUAUUAGUUCCUCUUCAAAGUCUUUUUUAUUAAUAUAAGCCCACAAAGAAUGAUCGAUCAUGCUGAAUGUUACAAUCGUCCUCAAUGCCUGGACACACAAGUGGGAGACCAGAUCACCGGUGUCACACGUCAGCACUCGCUAGGCACCGACAGCUGCGGAUCUAGUGUCCGCUGUUUAUUGGCCACUUACAACAUAGCCAACGCCUCUUUUCGAAAUAAUUGACCAUUGGUUGAUUUAGUGUUAAGUACAAAUACUUAGUGAGAUAAAACUUGA